AGCGCAGCUGUGAAAGUGAGGGACAUUGGGGAAAUUAAGCCUUACUUUUUCACUUCAAUACGCAAGCUCACCUUCGGUCAGUUCGAAUGUAAAAAGAAUGCGACACAACCAGAAGCCAGCGUAAAGGAAUACCCGCUAGAAUGUGUCCUGAGGGCAUCAUAUAAUUCUAGGGCAUUUGCCAGGCACUCCAACCUUUUACUUCCAGAGCUCGGCAACUGUACGAAAUCAACAUACUCUGACCCAAACCCUAACCAUUAAAUAUCAUCUGAUAUCCUCAGGAGACUUUCUAGUGGAUAUUCAUUUGUGCUGCUCUGUCCUGUUAUGCUCAUAUGCUGGUUGUACCCAAACCCAACAUGGUCGUCUGAGCUUCACUGACUGAUGACCCAAACAUUCAGCAGCACAACCUCUCGCGAGAGUAAGCGUUAACGAUCUCGCUUCUACCGUGUGUCUUGUGCUAGGAGAAGUUGCAUUGAAGAAGCAGAAGAAAUGCCUUUGCACGAUGAAGGGUUUGUGGUGCGCAUCCGUGGCUUGCCUUGGUCUUGCACACAGGAAGAGGUUGCAGGAUUUUUCUCAAAUUGCAGUAUUGUGGGUGGGAUAAAUGGAGUGAGGUUUACUUUUUCUAAAGAAGGACGGCCAAGUGGAGAAGCUUUUAUUGAACUGGAGACAGCAGAAGACUUCAAAAGUGCACUAGCAAAGGAUCGCAAAUACAUGGGUCAUAGAUAUAUUGAGGUCUUUAAGUCAAACAGCAGUGAGCUGGACUGGGUGUUGCAGCGAUGCGGUCCGAAUGAUUAUGACAGUUGUAGUGGGUGUCUGGUGCGGCUCCGAGGGCUCCCCUUUGGCUGCAGCAAGGAGGAGAUUGUUCAGUUCUUUUCAGGGUUGAAAAUCGUGCCAAAUGGGAUAACAUUGCCGGUGGACUACCAGGGGAGAAGCACAGGGGAAGCCUUCGUGCAGUUUGCUUCAAAGGAGAUAGCAGAAAAAGCACUGGGGAAACACAAGGAAAGGAUAGGGCACAGGUACAUUGAAAUCUUCAAGAGCAGCCGGAAUGAAAUCCAGGUCUAUUCCGAGCUGCCCCGGAGGAUGCUGGCACAGAGGCCUGGGCCCUAUGACAGGCCUCUGGCAGGACGCGGAGCGAUUUUCAGCCCUGGACCUGGGAGAGGAGGAGGAGUGUUAGAUCAGAUGCGAGCUGGUGGAGGAUACAGUGGUGGUUAUGGUGGACUUGACAACUUCAAUGGCUACAGUAAUUUCUGCUUUGGCAAUGGCAUGUUCGAUGACAGAAUGAGGACUGAAAGAAGCAGAGGUGUUGGUCAUCGUUAUGGUGGAGGAGGAGAUGCCAGUUCUGGUAUUCACACUGGUCACUUUGUGCACAUGAGAGGGCUUCCUUUUCGAGCCACAGACAGAGACAUUGCUCAUUUUUUCUCUCCAUUAAAUCCUGUAAGACUGCAUGUUGAUGUUGGACCCAAUGGCAAAUCCACUGGAGAGGCAGAUGUGGAAUUUGCAACACAUGAAGAUGCUGUAUCCGCCAUGUCUAAAGACAAAAAUCACAUGCAGCAUCGCUACAUUGAGCUGUUUCUGAAUUCAACAUCCAGUGCUGGUUCUAAAAUGGGUCGUGGUAGAGGUGGAUACUGCAGCAGUUCUGGAGGCAUGGGAAAGGGAGGGGGAAGUGGGCUGCGAGGGACGUUUUAAAAAGAGGAAUGGACCCCUGUCCAUUUUCAGGAGGGGGACUAUUCGAGGGAGUGGGGAUUUGUUUUUUGUAUUUCAAAAUGUUUUUCAUAAGUUCGUAUGAAUUGUGCUUAGGUUGUUUUUGUGUCUUAAACUUUAGAAAGGUUAUCUGAGUAAUUGCAUAUUUAAAUCUGUUAUUGCACAUUUUUGAUUCUUAUUAAAAUUUUAUACACAGAAGUGUAAGUG